CUGAAAUCGAAAUUGUUUUUGCCGCGUCGAGGAACUUUCCCACAUUCUUCGUUCGUUGAAGUUGGUUUUGCUCCACGUUAUUGAAGAUUUCCUGCAUUGUAAGGUAAUAUCUUUCUUUUAGAUAGCUUAGCUGUGUAAGGUAAAUUUACAAUCUUGCCUAACAACACAAAAAUAGUAGCACGCAACAGACGCAAUGAUGCAUUCCCUCAGUGAUUCAGGUACGUAGGCGUUCUUUCCUCGUUGAUCUGACUCUUACAUGCAUCUAAAGAAGAAAACCACUGAGAAAAACAUGUGUCUACUCGGCAAGAUUAUUCAGUAGGAGAGUAGUAGUCUCCCUUAGUCUAUCAAAGCGAAAAGUUUGGAUAAUUUAUACAUUGUUCGAGGUGGCUAAUUACAUAAGCAUAAUUCGAGUUGAACGUCUGGGCCAUUUGAUUUUACUGCAGUUAACGCAUUCCACCUUCCAGCCCAGAGGGAAUGCCAAAAAAACACUCUUGGACUGAAACCUUUUAUUUUCGUAGUUAUUUAGUAAUUGUGGCAAUUACAACCAUUUUGGGAGUAAUUAGUGAGUCAUUAAUGGCUUCCCGCUUGAGGUAGUCCAAGGAAUUUAAAGCCCCAUUUGCAUGACAAACUCUUACGGCACGGCACCCCUUUACAUAGCCUGAGAAAACAGUCUACAUUUCAUGACGCCACCAGUGGUUUACCCUGUAAAUGAAGUCUGAGAAACAAGUGCAGAAAUUCCAUACUGAUGACAAGUCAUGAUGCAUCACCACAGGUAGCCCAUGCUUGAAAUAUGAGCAUUGGCGAACAUCGCCAUUGUUGCGUAACAUUCGCAAUAUAAGGAUUUGUAUGGAAAAAAACCUAUCGUUUCUGUAACCUACAAAAAUGAAAGGAUUUCCAUAAAAAACAGUUUACCUCAAUUAAAAUGUUUGUUACGUCUCUUCUGUGUGGUCCAUGGGCCGAUUUAUGGCCGUUCUAUGGGUUUUUAUAUAAACGGUUUUCUCUCUAUAUAAAGGUUUACCAAGGUUGGGCACUCCAGCGAAGUGGCCCAACAGAUCCACCAAGGAAAACGGCAGUAAAUUCACUCCAACUGUUCCAAUCGCCUCCAAAUUCCGCGUAAGUAACACACGAUAGUUUUCCUUUCCAUUCGUUAUCUUGCUUCAAGACACCUUUGCACCGAGAGCGAAUCAAAGGUCGCAAAUCUGUGCAAACUUUUCUGUCUGAAGCCAUCGACAGAACCUUGGCUUGAAUUCCACAUGACCAGUGAAAGAUAGCGACACGGCCUGAGACUCAAAUUACUCACAGUCGGGGUGGGAGACAGUCUCUUGCUCCCAUUGACAUUAAUACUCGAGAAAGAAAACCACGGGAGCAAGAGACUGUCUCGCACGCCAAGUGUGAGUAAUUUGAGUCUCAGGCCGUGUCGCUAUCCCUCUAUCUAUGAUCUAUCUCACUUAAAAUCACUGUAUUUUGUGUUACUUGUACUGUUUCUAAUUUAUUUUUUUAAUCGACUUUUUGACUUUUCCUUUUUUUACUGCUGUUCUUUAAUACUGAACAGCUUGCUGGUGGGUAGUGUGAAAUGUCAUAUGUCUCCACCCCCAAACCCAUGGUGGGCUUGGGGGAGAGAGACUCUGCUCUCAGGAGACCAGUAUAAAGAUUGUAAAGGCUUCUAUGUCCAUUAGUGAUGGUUUUGAUUACAAAGGAGAGACUAAGUCAUCUGACACUGAGCUAUUGUUCAUUGUUCCUGUUCGUACUCAAUCAACAGUAGUCACACUCAACUAACAUAACAUAUGACAUAACAUUAAGCAUAACGUGACAUUAUUUUUAAUAAGUACAAAUAACUAUUAUUAUUAAACUUUUUAAUAAGGUGUAUUACUUCCUUUUUUAGUGUUAAGAUCCAUUGUCCCUGUAUUAUUAACACCUGAGUUGCACAUGGAGGUUGGGUGCCUAAGAACCUGGGGGCCGGAGCUGCCAACCCCUAACCCAAGUAGCAAGAACACCCCAAAAGCCUGCCUUACCCACAACCCAGCCACGAGGCCCGCCCACCACACCCAGCCCCAGCCCAAGCACUCAUCACAUUGAACAGAGGGUUUAGUGGAGAUAUAAGGACAAUAAUAAUAGUAAUAAUAAUAGUAAGGGGUGAGGAGGGAGGGGAAAAAACACUAAAACUGAGCAACACUCAGCAAGACACCUUGAACACUACACACUGUAAAACUGCAAGCACAUAUAAACGUGCACACUUAAUUGCAACAGUAAACCACUGACCCAUAGGGCACCAGGAAUUGCCCCACAACAGGCCUAGUACAGUAACCCACACCCUGGCAAAAGUGCCAGAACAUAGGAUAACUGCCAGCUUGCCAAAGCAUGCCAAUAAAAUGCUAACAAACACAAAUGCCACGCUAACUCCAAGCCAACUUCUGAGCAGCUAGCUCCUGGUCAUUAACUAAGUUAAUUAACAAUUAUUCCUUGAGCCUGAGUGGGUCGACUCAGAGGCCAUGAGGGCGAGAGGAGUAAUUGUUUUAGUAAAAUCCAACUAGUUGGUCAAAAAUAUCAAGACAAAACAACUUUAGCUAGCAAAAUGCGAUUCAGCCACCACUGUUUUGGUUUUCAAAGCCGGCGCUUUUUGCUUCUAGUGGGUUAUAACAGAUAACCUAGUAGCAGCUCAACCAAUCAGAAUGCAGCAUUGAUAAUAGACCACUAGUUGAAUUUUACUAAAUAAGUAUAUUAACCUCAUUAUAACUCUCAAACUUGGCCUGUUGGCAUGUACUAGUAUUUACUCCGUGUGUUAAGUGUCUUAAACCAACUACUGCAGUUUUAGGUGCAAACACUACCAUCCCUCUCAACAAAGUGGCACCAUAAUCCUCUUCCCGCUUCCAGUCCACAAGAUGUUGGUACUUUUUAUGCCUUUUCACAACAUAGCUGCAAAAAUCUUGGAUACAACUUGAACUAUUGCCCCACUUAAUUAAGGACACCUAUGUCACUAACAUGCUGUCUAUCUUCAUUGUAUUUUUUAAGAGUCUUAUAUAGCUUUACUGUUUUGUUUGUUUGUUGUUUGUUUUUUUUUUACAUAUUUUUUAAAGCCUGGGACCACUGUAAUUGGCUUACUGCUGUUGUGGUAUUCCUGCCUAAUUAAGCAGUUAUUCUUCUUUGUUUUCAGUGCAUGUAUAUUAAUUUUGUUAUCCUUUAUUUUUUUCUCCCUCUCUGUUUUUUUAUCACAUUAUGGGCAAAGCUAAUAAAAUAAAAUAUAAUAAUAAUGUCUUUGGUUAAAUUUAGGCUUCUUGUCAUGUCACUGACCAUUCAAAUUCCUUCUCUACUGCGUUAAGUAUUGGGAGUUACCUUUUUUGCUUAAAAAUGUCUCAAAGUCAUAAUUUCACUUAACAGUGACAUACCAUAUCACCAAAGUUGUCCAAACUGUUGGGAAAAAAAGGGUUGACUUGGUAAUGGCCUCAAGAACCGUGUUAGGGGAAUGAGGUGGCAUUUGGACCCUUUGUUGUCCUGGGGCUAAUCCUGCAUAAUUUGCAUAACUUGCAGCUGUAGAUAAAUUGAGACUCUUGCAGGGUAUAGCUUUUGUAAUGUCAUAUAUGGGGUUAGUAAUCUAACUUGCGGGAAACUGGGGAAAUCCAUCAGAGCUCAGACCAGAGAAUGUUUUUGCUUAUUAACUGAGUGUUCAAAACUGUGUUGGCACCAAAUGACUGCCUGUAGAGCUACUACAUGUAUGCACUUAGUUUAGGUUUUCAAGAAAAUAAUGUCUAAUAGUUAGAAAGUAGCCUGGGCAAAUAAGUGGCAUUUCGCGAUGCCAUCACUGGUUUCAUUGCAAAAUUAUGUCUGUGAAACAAGUGCACAAAUUCCGUACUGAUGAAAUGUCAAUACCCAGAUCUGGUAGUGUUUUUGAUUGGUUGAAGCAAACUUUCAGCCAAUCAGACCCUAGCUACCCAGAUCUGGGUAAUGAAAGGUCACCAGUAUGGAAUUUUUGUCCUCAUUUCCCAGGCGUCAUUUUGCAGGGAAACCAGUCGUUGCCUCGUGAAAUGUUGGCUGAUUUCUCAGGCUGUUAUAAGAAAGGGUGGAAAUGAUUACAUGAAUGUAUUUUUAACAGUUUUCUAUUACCUACCUCGGUAACACGGUCACCUCGUUAUUAUGGCCACUUUUUUCUGAAGGCUAUACAUUUCCUUACAAAAAAAAAACAUUAAUGUGGUCACCUGUUGAUAUGGCCAAUGGCACAUUUUGAAAUCCCAAACAAUGGAAUCUCUUAUAAUGUCACCCCAUCAAUACGGCCACUUGUUCGAAAUUUAAAAAAGUUUAAUUUUGUAAAUUGCCUGUGACAUGUCAAUUUUAUUGACCUAGUACUCUGAGCCUGUUCUUGUACUGUUUUUAGAUGAAGUCAUCUAGACGCUUGCGUUUAGGCGAGGAUUAAGUCUAGUCAUAAGAGGCAUGAAUCUUAUUAACUUGAAGUCCUGGACAUAGAAAGUCAAAGCACAAAGGGAAGUCACCAUUUGAACACUUACUAGUGAUAAAUUUUUUGUAAUCAUUGUCUAUGUUUUGCUUUCUUUUAAGUGUUUAGCCAUUCUGAUCAUGCUUGGAAAUGGCAUCUUUUCCGGAAAGAUCCCGCAAAGUGCAAGUCACCAUUUUGGCCUCUGCAUGGGGAUCGAGCAAAGGAGGUCUGUCCACCAUAAACAGAGAAUUAGCCAUUCAGUUCGCUAACUGCCCUGAAGCGGAAAUCACUUUCUUCCUUCCAAAAUGUAGCGAAGAGGACAAAAAAUUAGCCCUCCAACACAACGUAACAAUUAUCGAGGCAACUCGCCGGCCUGGCUUAGAAGAACUGGAGUGGCUUCUCUUUCCACCAGAAAAUUUACAAAUAGAUGUAAUCGUUGGUCAUGGGGUUAAACUUGGCAAACAAGCUCAAGUCAUUAAAGAAUCUAAAAAGUGCAAAUGGAUCCAAGUCGUGCACACAGACCCAGAAGAACUGGGAAUGUUUAAGAACUAUCCCAACCCAAUUUUUAAGGGUGAAGAGAAACAUAAAACAGAGGUAGAGUUGUGUGAAAUGGCAGAUCACGUUGUAGGAAUUGGAUCCAAGUUGAGUGAGGCCUUCCGCUCGUAUCUUCGAGGAUGCAAGAAGCAUAAAAGUGUGGUGGACUUGACGCCCGGAGUAUUUGAAGAAUUUGUCAGUGUGAUUCAGGACGUUGAAGAAAGAAAACAACGUAGUGUCUUGGUGUUUGGUCGUGGCGACGCAAAGGAUUUCGAACUAAAGGGAUUGGACAUCGCUGGAAAAGCGGUUGCUGCAUUACAAGAUACACGCCUUGUGUUUGUUGGCGCCCGAGAUGGAAAACACGAAGAAAUAGCGAAUAGGUUAACCGAAUGUGGUGUUCCUAAAAGUCGCUUGAGAGUAAAAGGAUUUAUGGAAGACCGAGAGAUUUUAAAGCGCUUGUUUCACCAAGUGGAUCUUGUAGUCAUGCCUUCACGAACAGAGGGCUUUGGGUUGGCAGGACUUGAGGCCCUGUCAGCUGGUCUCCCUGUGCUUGUCAGCCGUAACUCGGGGUUUGGAGAAGCACUGUGGAGUGUACCAUUUGGUUCAUCCUUUGUAGUAAAUUCCGAGGACCCCACUGAUUGGACUGCAGCCAUCUCGAAAAUAUGGGCCAAGGACAGAAAAAGUCGACUUGAGGAAGUGAAAACUUUGCGCGAUUCGUACGACAAGAAAUACAACUGGGCCAAACAGAUAAAAGAUCUUCUUCACAAGAUGAUUAGCUGGACUAACGGUAUGAAUGUCAAUUGCUUUUUUUUAUUGUACUUUAAUUUAAGCACUAUGACAACGCCUGCUGAUAAUGGCGGCCAUUUUUAGUUUUCUUAAUUUAACCCCUCCUUUAAAUCAACAAUUUUUCAUGUUUAGGUCGGGCUGUCCACUCUGAAAAAUUUAUUUGGAUUACUUAAAACGCUGUCUAGAAUGAAAAGAAACAAAGUUUGUUUCUUGUAAAUGGUGUUAUAUACACCCAAAGUUUCCAGCUACUCACAAUUCAGAAAACAAGAAACCUGAGCCUUUUUACUCUUUCAUACAUUCCUAAAAGACAACAAUCUUGUCUUUUUUUCUGCAGUUGAUUUUUCAAAUGUCCAGAGCGUCCCCGAAACAAUAGGUGGAACCGUUGUAUCUUCUCACCUGGCUUCUCAGGCUACACGAGGCACGACAGAGAAACAUGAAGGUAACACUUAAAUCUAAAGCGUGAUCGGAAUAAACAGCGUCAACGAUUUCUCUUCCGAUUCUGUUUUUGUUGGUCGGUUACGGUUCAAUACCGGAGUCACCUUUUAAAGCCUAUAAGAGCUAUCCCGCCAUAAAACUUAUUUCUAGUCUUUGGAGAAGAGGAUCUUGAGCAGAAAACUUGGUAGCGUUCACAGCGGUAAUACCUUAAUUUCGCAGUGAUUUAAGUCAUGUCGGUUACGCGAUUAUUUCUUGCCCUCGGUGAGGAAUGCAUGACAGAAUAACUAAGCACAUAUGAUAAACAAUUUUAACCCUUCAAAGUUCGUUCCUGUAGUACGUUUCAGAAACGCCUAUGGAUAUGACACUGAUUGCCUUUUGUAUCUUAUUUGUUUGUAAGGUGAGUGUAGGGUUGAAAGGAAGAAGACAAACAAUGAGGAGGACAUCACGAAGAACCUUCAAACUGGAGAAAAGGCCAGAAAGACCAUGGGCGAUAUCGUGGCUUCCGGAUCUACGAGUAAGAGCUCAUGAUAAAGCUCAACUUCGCUGCUUCCCAGCAUCAGUCUUCUCUUUUCCUUUCUCUUGCUUUGCUUCAGGUUUUAGAAAGAGGACACAGCCCGAAAAUAAUAGACCUUAUCUGUUCUGUUGUUUUGUUACUUCGUUGAAAUCCCACGACUGUCUUCUGCAAAACAGUCCCUUUCCGAAUUGAUCAUAUUUACGGUCGUUCUAAAAAAUGUCGACAAAGAAGGCGUUCUCUUGGGAGCAACGCUUGGUUUGUGAUGAGAAUGGGGUUUAAAGCGAAUAAUGUCUAUACAGUGUACUUAGAUUUUAACACACGUACUGUAUCUUGAAGGAUUUUACUUUAGUAGAUCUAGGAAACAAAUAAUGAUUUUGUUUGAUUUUUCUUUUAGGUCUUGAUUCAAGUCAGUAUACCUCCACCAAGGGGAGAUCAAAUUAUUCCCGGUUAUGUCGUCUUCUAAUCAGCUUGGGUUCAAAAGCCCUCAGAGAAACGUUUGACAGAAUAAUUCCACCACAAAGUCUUCAACGCAUUCUGAAACGGAACCCAGCACACUCUAAACUUCAGUCACGUCGAAAGGAAGGGAUACUAAACUCAGUCCAGUGGAGUAAACUGUAUCCUACCACACCCUCCGAAGUUUCAUCCACAGGCUUCGACAUCCCCCUGCUAAUGGUUCUUCUAAGGACAAUCUGUGAUCUGAGUCCUCCACCCGCUGGUUGGGAUGCCCCUCCUCUUCCCGAAGACCUAAGCCCUGAGUCUGACAUUGCGCGUCUGAAAUAUUUCUUCAACGCCGUGUCUAGUCAUACUGGAGAAGGUUUCAUUAGUGAUGCUGUCUUCAGUAGCUACUGGCAGCAGAUCCAUGACACUCUGGUACGAUUGGGAGGAGCUAAUUAUGAAGAUGUCGUUGAGCAAAUGAGCUGUCAGGAAAUGGACCUCCUAAAUGAAGAGCAUUUCAGAGAACUUAUCAAACAGUGGAGGAAGGUGGAAGACAAUAUUAAAGACAAACUGAAUGAACUGGAAAGUGCAGAGGCUUUAAAGAUGGCAGGUGAGCUUUUGUGGUAAAAAUAUAUCUGCUGUAUUAACAUGGCUAGAGUUUUUAAAUAUUAUAAUGGUAUAAGAAAAAUUUUUGUAUGGUCAGUUUGGCAACGAACGGUAAUUUUUGUUAUGUACUUUGCUAUGUAUAACUAGGUCCUCCCUGAAGAGGUAAAAUUGUCAUUGAACGUUUUUAAUUUAUCUUAAGAUUAGGCAAACGUAAGUUUUGCGAAGACACCAGAUGCUGAGUCAGAAUCACGCUAGGUCUUGAGUAAACAGUCUUCCAACGUACUUUGACAACUUUGUUGUGGCAUUGCUAUGAAAUUGCAGUAGUGGGGAAGGCACAGAAUUAACCUUUUUUUGCGGGGGGAAUUUCAUUAACUUGCUGAGGAAUACGUUAACGCCGGUGAUAUCAUACAUCUCAUUAAGAUAGGAUGAUGUCAUAGUUUGUUUUUAGCUGGCAAGGAGCAAGUGACGUCACAAUUUCCUAGAGUUGACGUCAUCAAAAAAUGUUGAGAUCAUAAUCUAUAAACAGAAAGUGAUUUUUAUAUAAUUAGCUAUUUGCUAUAGUCUUCUGAUUGAUAUUGUAGAAACUGUUAUGUGUUUAAAAUAAAAGCGAGCAAAUUUUGAACGUGUUAUCUUUGCAGCUUAUAGUAAAUGAGAAAUCUUUAAUCAGUAAAUUAUUUUCACUUAAAAUCGGUUAUAAACAAAACCAAGACACAGAGGUUAACUGAAAAGUCUUUACUUCAAAAGAAGGAAAAAGGAGGUUACUAGGCGAAUGCUAAAUCGUACUAAUUUUUCGGGCAAAACAUGAAAACGAGGUCGAAGCGCAUCGAAGCGAAAAACUGUCUAUCAAGCAAAAAUGUCAAUCUUUGUUUAUUUGACUCUGUAGAAAGAAUUGCACAGGGUAUAAAAAUUCUAUAGAAAACAUCAGGUGGUUCUAAAGUAAACCCUUACUCUUUUGGUUCUUAAAUAAGCUCUAUUCUAGUAACUAAUGAAAAAAAAUUGGAAUAAGAGGUGCGAUCGCCUAGCAACACAUGUCGUCUUAUUUAGCGCUAAAAAUCGGAUAUAUAAACAAAACACACACACAAACACAUACACAAAGUGGAGCUGAAAACUCUCUAUUUCAAUUUUGACUCACCAUUACAAAAAGCGUUUUCUCCGUUCUAUCUCGAGGAAACGACUAACUAUUGAAGUCUCAGCGUUUGAUGAGCUUAUGGUCUUGUCAAUUCCCGCGCCGUUAGUCAGUUAAUUAUGAGGGUUAGCAAGCCCACAGUUGCAUACAAAUUGGCUCCACAGUAAAAACCCCAAGGGAGAAACUUGACUUAUUAUUAUAAAAACACUAACAAUUAAUCACUUAAGAAGGAUCAAUUAAUUAACACGCGACAAAUAAAUUGACAAGACACGAGAUGCAGUUUUAAAAACUUUAUUGAACAGCAGUGACAAAAAGAAUCAAAUACACAGCGAUUUGAAAGAGAUGGAAAUUAAUCCUCUUCUUCGCCCAUGGAGUACUUGUAAGGUCUAACUCGAAAUUUCUUAUGCCGAGUUCGUUUCCUCUGUUUGCCAUGAGCAUUAUGAUAAUCCAAAUAAUUUACAAAUUGAAUCCGAAGCCUUUUGCGCUGCGGGCCUUGUGAUGGGGUUUCUACUGUGGGAGGAGGGCUCAGGAAAGCAGGAUUUACGGGUUUUGGUGGGGUGGAGCUUUCUUUUUCAGGUUUUUGUGAGAUAGCCGGUUGUGUUAAUUUAGGUGUUACGUUAAAGGGGUUUAGGGGAGUGGCGAAUGCUGCCGUUCCUGUCGAAGAAUCUUGUGUGCUUGAUGUCAAGUCUGGAACAGUGCUGCUUAUUUCUUCCGGUCGUGUUCUUGUAUUUAAUUGUUCUUUAAAAGCCAGGUAUCUGUUUUGCAACUGAAAGUAUCUCUUAGCUUUUUCAUCGUCCCGAAGAUCGUUUCGAGAAAGCAAGUCAUCCAUGUUGCCCUGUAUUUCUUGCAUAGCUGGAAGAAGUGGGACAGGCGAAAGAUUUUGCUGCUUUAGAUAUUUUAAAAGCUCUUGAGGAAUAUUUUCUUGAAACCCUGCUUGGUUAAAACCUUCUUCACUGGGCAGGACGUUUGUUCGCAGUCGACAAUUAUCUUGGGUAGUAGUUUUCAGAUCAAUCAGAAGAUAACCAAAAGGUCUUUUUUAAGCCUCUUCGCACUGAUUUAAAAAGAAAUCAGUUUGCCCGGGAUACAUUUGCUUGGCAAGAGUCAAGAUUUGCAAUUUGUCUCGUGGAUUCUUGAAUAGCACUAAAUAAUGGCUGUUUAGGCUUAUACUGCAACUACCUUUCCCCUGGUGAAAUAGAUUCUGCACUAUAUAAAUCACGCUUAGAUUGCGAUUAUGAGAACCACGAGUAAAGAGGUUCACAAUUCGCUUGUCUUUACUGGCGUCAGGCAUCUGAUCAUCAAACACGAUCAAAUUCCGUUUGCUCACAUCAAAAUAGGAAUCCUGCUCCAAAGCCGUAGGAAUUCCGUUGACGAAUUCGAUGGGUGACAUGGCGACUCGCAUUUUUGUAUACGCGGGCUGCCAGUGUGAAUAACACCAAACAACCCUCUCCGGAGGAGGGUAAAUUAUCUCUGAAGCUUGUUGUAAUAGAGAUCGAGCCUAGGCCGUUUUUCCGAACCCGGUCAUUCUGGCAAUCAUGGAGGUAAAAGGAUGCUCGAAUCGAAACCGCUGACAUUUCUGUGAAAACGGAACUGUUUGAAAUGGGGUGAGACCAACAUUGCGGUGUUAAGACAUCACGUGCCUUUGCAUGCUAUCCUUUCUACUAAAUGAUUUUUCGCAAACAGAACAGAACCAACUCAUGUCAACCGCUCAGGAGCGGAAUGUAGACUGAGAAAAUGGUUGCAUGUUGCGCAUUGAUAUAGUUUUGAAGGCCAUAAAAUUCUACAGUUUUCCUCCACCACCGCCACCACAUUUCUAUUGUUUUCCCACCACCACCACCGCCACCGCCACCGCCACCACCGACACAACCACAUUUUCAUUGUUUUCUUCCACCACCACCACCGCCACCACAUUUCCAUUGUUUUUCUCCACCACCACUACUACCACCACCACAUUUACUAUUUUUUUCAUCCACGAGAGUCAAAAAAAGACUGCAAACUACUAUCAUAAGUUCAGUUUGUCGCAGUGUCUCAAGUUGUCAAGAACAAUCGUGGUUUUCUUCAAUUCUUAGCUGUUUGUUCAGCUCAUCAGCGACAGUUUCUUUUACGGACAGCCAGUCCAGAACAACUACAUGCAUUAGUCCAGUCUUAUACAAUAUACCUAUGGAAUACAUUCUUAUCCCCGAAGAAAAUAAGCGUAACGUGUUGCCAUAUAAGGAUGCUCUAGUAAACCUAGCAGAAACAAAUGUCCCUUACAAAACAAAGAAGCGAAUCCUUGUACAAGAGGGUGAUGGUUUUAUUCAAGACCUAUUGGUACCUGCUGUUACAAGCUUAGGAUUUUUGAUGCUAUAAAAGAGGAAACAAAACUAUAAGUUACUCAUUUGAAGCUAAAUCUGUCACGGGUACUCAUCAAAAUGAAGAGAAAGAUAGAGUUGGUUGAAAAAGAACACGAGAGUGAACAUGAAGAAAACGAAAGUUCUGGUGAUGAAAGCGAGGAUGAAGAACCAAGAAUAAAAGAUGUUUUGAGCCAUCUUUCCCAAGCAGUGUCGGAAAAGCGUGCUUCUAAUUUGCUGCAUAUUAUGGCUGCUUCCAAAGAUAUUCUUUUCUGGACUCCCAGCGGACAAUUACUUCGAAAUAAACGCACUAUUCCCGUCACAAACAUCGCCGAGCUAGUUGAGUAUGUGUUACUCCCUCAUAACAAUGAGGUUACCAAGCCUCGUGCGUUGAAUACGUUUCUAGAUGGACUUGCAGAGUUAGGAAUCGAUAAAGGUUUAAUCAAGAACAAAAAGUUGUUAUGUGAUUUAAUAGAAAAGGAAAAAGGCUACCGAAAUGUAGAAAAGCCUUCCGAUAACGAGAGUAAUAAUGAGGAGAGUUCAUCGGAUAUUGAAAAUCAGGAGGAGGAGGAGGAAGUGGCUUCUGAGAAUGGCGUUGAAGCUGAAGGCACCCAAGAGAGCGACAACGACACUGAAAACGACAGUCAGAAAACAGAAAUUAGUAGCCCUGAAACGUCCACCACCUUUCACUCUAAAAGUCCCUGUGAACAUUGCGAAAGAAGACGAGAAAAAAAAGGGAAUAUUCCUCUUCAGCCCCCAACAAAUCACGGCACGUAAAUAGUGCAAGCAAAAAUCACAAUACACCGAGAAAUUCGGGCUUUGCACUCUCAGAAACAAAGGUGCUGAAGUAUGGAAGGCGAUAAUGUUUCUAAUGCUGGGUUUUUAUACGGAGCGUGAGAAGAAGGUUUUCACCCUGUUCGUUCUACCAUCAAAGCUAAGCAGGCACCCAGCCUAAUUUGUUUAAACCUUCAUUUUGAACUAGCUUAAAAUGUGUGUUUUUCCAAAGAAUAUGCAUGUAACAUAUGUGCUGCUUUGUUAUUCUUUUGUUAUUCAAUAAGUUGUCAUAUAUGAGGCUUUCUUCUGCAAUUCCGCACCUUAGUGGGAACUCAUGGAAUUUCGCGCCAGUGUCAAAAAAUAUUUGCAUUCGCUUAGUUAGUUGGAUUGCACCAAUAACUCUGAUUGCACAUUCUGCCGUUUGUAUAAAUUUAUUGAGCUUUUGCCAUAGUUUUCAACCCUCACCCUAACCCACAAAAUACACAGAGUCGAAUAGAUAUCCACAAGUAGACAAAAUUGCGAGAUGCGAUGUCUGGAGACUUCCCGGCGUCUUUCCCAAUUUGUAGGAGAGGAGAUAUACAAUGUUGUUCCCUUUCUGUUUAUAAAUUAUCGUAUUUAUAUGGCACUCGAUGAGACAAUGAAAACGAUUCUUAUUUACGUUUGACGUAGCAAAUAUAGAAAUAACCUGCGAUGAGGCCUUCCAAAGAAAAUGGGAAAAUCUAAGGACCGCCUGAUCGCAGGUUAAUGGAGAAAUAUUAGAUAUCGUCCCAGGAUAUCAUCCAGCAAACAAAAGCAGAAUUGUUUACUUUUUUCCUUGUUAGCGGAAAUGCUUUAUCUUUUUUAAACGACUUUUAAAAACCGUUAGCACCGAGUGUGAAUUUAUUUGCAGCAUACGCGUAUCGGCCGUAUGCGACUGCUAGACACAAAUACCGCAAACGUACCCUCUUGUUUUAGAAAAAAAUUACCAAGCAUGUUUGUGCUCAUUUAUCCUUUUACGAGCCAGAUAUUUUGCAUAAACAAUGGUAUCAUGCAAAGAUUUACUUAUAGCGAAUAAAAUCGAGAUGACCGUUUAAAGUAUAAUGGAAUCCAAUUUUUUUUCAUUAGUUACUAGAGUGGAGUUUAUUUCAGAACCAAAAGAGUUAGGGUUUACUUUAGAACCAUCUGUUGUUUUCUAUAGAACUUUUAUACCCUGUGCAAUACUUUCUACAGAGUCAAGUAAACAAAGAUUGACAUUUUUGCUUGAUAGGCAUUUUUUCGCUUCGAUGCGCUUCGACCUCGUUUUCAUGUUUUGCCCAAAAAAUUAGUACGAUUUCGCAUUCGCUUAACCUCCUUUUUCCUUCUUUUGAAGCAAAGAUUUUUAAGUUAAGGUGACUCGACCCAAUUUUUUGGGGGGGUACCAUCCUACUUUGAAGCUCUCUGGUAUCCCCACCUUUACUUUUAUCGUAAGUCUAACACAUAGAAUGGAUAACAGAUAGAUCAAUCUACAAUAUAACAUAAAAUUUUUGGCGAUCGGAGUAAAUGUCACGUAAUUAUAAUGCCACGCCCCUUUGAGGUCUGAGUCGAAAAUCUGCUGUUGCCGGCAUUUUUUCGUGAAAAUCUCUCGGCUACACAUAGCGCGCAUUAGUGCCUUGCGCUGAACAGAGUCUCACCAAAAUCGCAAAGACCCAAUUCGAGAAAUUCAGCGGUUUCCAAAUUUAGGUCAUAAUUUAUGCAAAAAUGAUAAGCAAACUUUACACGAUUAUAUCUAAUAAACUAUGUGACUUAUCCCCUUAUUUUGGGGAUCGUUAUAACAGAUGGGUCCUUGCAAGUCAGCAAAAAGCUUUAGGGCCUUGUAAAUGCGCGCGAUUUCGAGCAAAGCAAACAUAUAGAAAUUAUAGUUUUAGCCAUUUGUUGACGUUUGUCAGCGUUUAAGAUUCCUUCUCACGAAAAAAAGCAUUUUCUUAAAAAUUCGAAGUUUUUUUUCCUUCAAAUUUUUUCAGGGCCACAAUUGAUUAACUAACUAACCGGAUUCUGAAUUUCAUGGUCAUUGAAAAACUGUGACAUUAUCUUCUAUAAGCCCAAACUUGAGUAAACAUUGAAGAUUUUUAGCGUUUUGGCUGAGUUUGUGCUUUGGGAGUUGUCUAUUGUGAGCAUUCGGAAGUCAGCCAAGCGCGGCCAUUGCACGCGUGCUGAACAAGAAUUCUGUAUAAUGACAGACUAGAAACAAUAGACAACUCCCAAAGUCACAUAGUUUUUUAGAUAUAAUCGAGUAAAGUUUGCUUAUCAUUUUUGCAUAAAUUAUGACCUAAAUUUGGAAACCGCUGAAUUUCUCGAAUUGGGUCUUUGCGAUUUUGGUGAAACUCUGUUCAGCGCAAGGCGCUAAUGCGCACUAUGUGUAGCCGAGAGAUUUUCACGAAAAAAUGCCGGCAACAGCAGAUUUUCGACUCAGACCUCAAAGAGGCGUGGCAUUAUAACCACGUGGCAUUUACUCCGAUCGCCAAAAAUUUUAUGUUAUAUUGUAGAUUGAUCUAUCUGUUAUCCAUUCUAUGUGUUAGACUUACGAUAAAAGUAAAGGUGGGGAUACCAGAGAGCUUCAAAGUAGGAUGGUACCUCCUCGAAAAAAACUGGGUCGAGGCACCUUAACCUCUGUGUCUCGGUUUUGUUUAUAACCGAUUUUUAGUGAAAAUAAUUUAAUGAUUAAAGAUUUUUCAUUUAGUAUAAUCUGCAAAGAUAACACGUUCAAGAUUUGCUCGCUUUUAUUUUGAAUACAUAACAGUUUCAACAAUAUCCAAUCAGAAGACUAUGGCAAAUAGCUAAUUACAGCGUGUCCCAAAAGUUCGUUCCUCUACUUUAUAAGUCUGUGUUUCAGUACGACUGAACUUGUUAAGCAAAUCAUUGAAGCAAAAGUUGUGUCUUUCAAUCUAAUUCACUAUUUUCGUACUUGUUGUGCCAUCUUUUGACUCGAAUGUGUACUCCCGCACCAAUGGUGCCCGUGCGCGAAUAUAUUUUCCAGCCACAUAUUUUUGGUAUUUUAUAGCCCGUAUUUCUCGAACUCCUUCCU